CAUUAUUUGAGAAACACAAAGAAUUCUUAGAAUCACAAUUAGAAAAAGUAGGAGAUAUACAUGAUGACACAGAAAUUCAAGGAAGAAUUUAUGGAGAUGUUAUCAAAGCAAGAAAAAAGGAAAAACCACAAAUGUUACUGCCCGAUCCAAAUGGAAGAAGUACUUACAAACCAUACGAACAGUAUAAUGUACCUAGAGACAGACAAUUUGCUAAAGAAAAUGAACAAAUUGGAAUAAGAAUACCACAUUCACCUACAGAUGAUGUAUUCUUAGAUGAAAGACUAUCACAAAUCUCUAAAAGAAAUAAAAAUAUUCCGCAAGGAGCAUUACCAAAAGUAACAAAAUUCUUCGAAGAUGUAAAACAAGGAAUUAAGAAUAAAUUCACAUCUAGACCAACAACACCUUCACCAUUAAGUCAACAUACCUUAAGUAGAACACCUACUAUUGAAAAUAACAAUAUAA